CUAGAGAGCUUGGCUUUCAAGGGUUAGAAGAGGCUCCAAGAUCCCUGUCUCUCUCUUUCUGAUCUUGGUCUUUUAAUACUUAUUUUCACAUUCAUAACUUUUCGAUAGUCCGACCAAACAAAGGGAGAAAACAGCAAGAAAUGGCUCUAACUCACAAUGUAUGGGCGUUUGUGUUCGGAAUCAUGGGUAACAUCAUAUCAUUCAUCGUGUUCUUGGCCCCAGUGCCCACUUUUAUACGGAUUGUCAAGAAGAAAUCUACCGAAGGAUUUCAGUCUCUUCCCUAUCUUUCCGCGAUUUUCAGCGCGAUGCUUUGGAUUUACUACGCUAUGCAAAAGGACGGAUCAGGUUUCCUUCUCAUCACCAUAAACGCUGUCGGAUGCGUCAUCGAAACCAUCUACAUCGUCCUCUUUGUAACCUAUGCUAACAAAAAAACCAGAAUAUCCACUCUGAAAGUUCUUGGUCUCUUGAACUUUUUGGGGUUUGCUGUCAUUGUUCUUGUCUGCGAGCUCUUAACCAAAGGUUCCACACGUGAGAAAGUGCUCGGAGGGAUUUGCGUUGGAUUUUCCGUCAGUGUGUUCGCAGCUCCUUUGAGUAUCAUGAGAGUGGUGGUACGUACAAGAAGUGUGGAGUUUAUGCCUUUCUCUUUAUCGUUGUUUCUUACGUUAAGCGCUGUCACGUGGCUAUUCUACGGUCUUGCUAUUAAAGACUUCUACGUUGCGCUUCCAAAUGUAUUGGGCGCGUUCUUAGGAGCUGUUCAAAUGAUUCUCUACAUAAUUUUCAAGUACUACAAAACUCCGGUGGCUCAGAAGACAGACAAAUCCAAAGCGGUUGCGUCCGAAUACUCCAUCGAUAUAGCGAAGCUAACAACCAUUACACCCGGUCCGAUUUCGGAUUCGACGGUUCAUCAAGCGCCUGCUGUUCACAAUGUUCUUGAGACUCAGAUUCAAGUGACCGAGGUCAAGAGCCAGAACAUGAACGAUGGGGAAGACCAGACUAGCAAGGAUGUCCAGAACCAAAACCAAGUUUAAGUAGUGACUCUUUUAUAUAGACUCAUUAAUAAUGCAUUGUUUGAGUUGUGCGCUCUAGCUAACUUUUCUUCUCCCUUUAAUUCGGAUUUUGUGGUCUUCGUCUCUUUUAUUUAGUUCUCUCAUGUACCACUCCUUUUCUUUUCUUUUUUUCUCAUCAUUUUCUUUCCAGGUAUCUGGAAAUUGUGCUAUGAUCAAUAAAUAAAUUAGUUGUUAAACUAAAUUUAUAAUAGAUUUGAAUGAUCUCUA